UCAAGGAACCAUCACUCCCCCUAUAAAUAGUUGUACGUGUACGCUCAAUUCCUUGUUACUCCAGAACCCCAACUUUCUCGUUCUCGCCCUGUUUCCUUUCUCUGUGUGUCAAUCCUUCUCCGUUCUCUCUACCUUCGUAUCUCUGCGCUACAUCUCUUUCGCUCUCUACUCCGCUGUCUCGCUCUUAGUGCUGUGGGAAGAGAGAGAGGAAAAUGGGUUCUUCGAGCACUGUGGUUCUGAUGAUGUUUGCUUUGGUCGUUGGAUCUGCUAUCGCACAGGCACCCACAGGAGCACCAACUGCUGCACCGACCAAAUCGCCACCAGCGUCUCCUCCACCUAAAGUUAGCCCGGCCCCGUCUCCGACCAAGGUCUCAUCACCACCCCCGGCUUCAUCUCUUGCUCCGACAACCGUAACCACUCCACCGGCUUCUGCUCCUUCCCCAAGCACCGUUCAGUCUCCACCGGCUCCUCCUACUGCAUCCCCGUCUCCUUCCGCCUCGUCUCCUACCGCCACCGGCGUCGCUCCAACCACGCCGAUAUCAACACCACCUUCAUCCUCUCCGUCUGAGACACCCUCAUCAUCCCCAUCUGGGAACAACGCUGCCUUGAACAGAGUGACCAUCGGCGGAUCUGCGAUUGUCGGAAUCUUCGCAGCCGCUGUGUUGCUGUAGAUCUCUUGCGGGAGUGAAAUAUUAGAGUUGGACACAGUAGUUAUUCCUUUCUAUCUUGUUUCAUUCUGCCCUUUUUACCGUUUUCUUUUAAUUUUAUGUCUUAUUUAUUUUGGGUAUCACCAUGGCGGUGGUCGAUGUUGAUGAUGAAUUAGGGCUAUGGUGAUUAUGUUUAUUCGUUUUUUACCAUUAAUCGCAGUUUUACUUGCUGGAUUCUUUUUAU